AUGGAGGCUGAGGAAUCGUAUGCACGGGUGGUGUGGGCCUCACGCAUCCUGUCAUACCUAUCCAAAGACAGAUAUCAAACCGGCCUGGUAUCAUCUGAGAUGGCCGACAACGAAUCGAGCCUCGAUGACGAAGAUGAAGAGCCCGAAAUUCAAAGCACCGAUGCUACAACCUUUCCAGACUCCUGUGAAAGACUGAAAGAAAAGUUCCUUGACUGUCUGGCUGAGCUUUUGUCAUCGUCAAAAGGGUGGGACGAUGUGACAGCCACGGCACUAAGAGAAAGAGAAGACUACAUAGAGAUUGAUAUUGCAAGUAACCGGGGAUUUCAAAUCACACAAAACAAAGAGCUGAAGCCAAGAGGGAAGGAGAAUAUCACUCCUGGAUGUCUCUUUGACAUACUUUACGAGUGCAUGGCUGCUCAAAUUCCUGAGGGGGACGAGGAACGUCGAGAAGCUCUACUGGUCACCCUUGAAGAUUUAGCGAUCGAAUGCAACAAAAGUCGGAUUUUCCACUGGACCGAGAGGCUCGUCAGCUUUGGCAGUAGUUCUGGGCCUGACAUUCAGAACAAGAACGCACAAGACAACGCGAGCAUGUCUUCACAUCUUAUCGAGAUUACAAAUAUCAUUAAAACAGAACAGCAUCGUCACCACGCCAAGGCAAGACGCCGUGUUGUCCGAUUAGCAUAUCUCUGCACUCGCUCCGGUGAUGCCCAAUUGCUCCUUCCCUCGAAGGUCGGGAAAGCACCACGAGCCCGAAUCUGGAAGGCGCUUCUGUCCCUUGCACGGCCGAUAUUCAACUGCCGCCUUCUCGCCGAAAUUGCUUUGAGGUUGCCCCAGUUUCGCAACAUCAAAUUCAUUACUAUCAACCCACCACAACCCAUGACCCUUAAUAGCAAGUUUAUUACGACACUUCCGGAUGCAUUGCAGCGACUGAAUCUGGAAUGCAUCGCUCCAUUCGACUCCGAUAAACUCAACAACGACUUUCAGAAGCACUGCUCAAAGGCCCUCCACGCUCACGCAGAGAUCCAACUCCUGGCAGAGUAUUCAGAUAAGCCGCACUCACAACCCACAUUGAGCUACUUUGGUUGCAGUAAGAAGUCGUGCUUAUUGUGCGAGUCCUUUAUGGAUCUGGUGUCGCCCAGAAUACGAAGCCGGGGUAGACAUGGAAUAUGCUAUCCGGCUUGGGGCCUGCCUUCUUCCUCGUUAGCCCAUUUCCAGGUCGUCCUGGCGAAAUUGGAAUCUGUUCUCAUCGAGAGGAUCCAAGAAUGGAUUAGAAGUCCGAACAGGUUCACUCGCGGAAAUGUCGCACAGUCUAGUCUUGUGUCAGAUUUGAAUGCUACGGACCUCAACGAGAUUAUAGAGAGGAAGCUCAGAAUUGAGUCGGAGGAAUUAAAGAGGUCUCAACGCCUCAAGGAGGGACGGCUGUUGACGGAUCCGAGGUCUAUCACCAUGAAGAGAAGCGAAGAGAAGUUUGACGAGACUCUGAGUAGCGAAGUCUGCAUCAUGUGUGAAAAACAAGGAAAGCGCUGCACAAAGUGCAGGAGCUGCUGUUACUGCUCCAAAGAAUGCCAACGUGCGGACUGGCAAAGCCACAGACUCCUGUGCGCCCAGGUCUCGAAGUUACCCAAGCGUCCAACUCUACAACACAAAUUGGCUAUUUAUUUCCCCGUGGAGGCUAGUAAACCAAAAUUGGAAUGGGUAGGUUUCUGGGUCAGAAGAGGAGUCCAAUAUCCCCAAAUCGACCAUAUCUUUCGAUCCGAAGGCCAUGACGUGACCUAUAGGACAAUGCGGCGCGGUCCGCUCCGUGGCGGUGAUCUCGGCUAUGAGCUUGAUGUCUAUACCAGAACAACUGUGCAUACUUAUGGCUCGAAGCCGAAUAGGAGUAUUAUUGCAUCUGUUGGUAUCACGGCGUCCAUACCCCUCAUUUGGAGUGGACCUUGCAUUGUUCUUCGAAGACCAUCUCCCAACCUUUAUGGCGACAUCACAUUGGCGGACCUUCGACACAUAGUAGACCUUUUUGUGACGUGUGGAGACUUUCGAGUUAAAGAAAUUGAAGCUCCAACGCUUUCUGGAGAAAUCGAUCGGGAAUCAGAUGGUAUACUUGGUGUGAAAGUCAACAGUGAUGCAGAAAUUGAAAAUCAUGGGGCCGCACGCUUUGUGCCAGUCAUCGUCAGAGAAUUUCAUCCAAUGCGCUGCUUCUCAACCCUACCCAUUAUGACAUCCCCAAUCUCCAGGCUACUGGGGAUGCCUUUGAAGCUAUGGAGAAUUGCGGAUGGAGAAUCGCACCAAGCUCUGCAUACUUCAAUGGCUUACAACUCGUCUCUAGAAUGUAAUUUGUCCGAUAACUGCGACAUAACAUCUCUGAUGAUGGAAACGGAACUGGACAGUGAAUCAUGGGGGUUUGCUCCUAUGUGGACAAAUCUGGACUACCUCGGCAACGUGGUAGUCAUUCGAGAAGACGAACAAGACCUGAGUGUGGACCAGCUUAAACUACUCUGUCACUUCUGCGAAAGAAAACUUCAGCCGCUCUUUGAAGACGCUCUUGGAAGUGGUCAUGUGCAGCGAACGAGAGAGGAAGUGCUGGCUUACAUCACACCUGAAAAUUUGGAGCGAUUUAAGGAUGAAUUGAUCGAUGAGUCCGAUGAAGAUGAGCAGAUCGAGGAACUAAUAUAG